UGCGGUAGCUUUCUGGGGUAGAGAGGUGGCGAGUGCAGCGGGACCGGAGAGCUCGUUGUGGAGGCGGACCUUGUUCAACCUGCAGCCCCGUAUCAGCUGGGGCUUUAAAGGAGUGCGGGGGGGGGGGGCAAGAGCGUCUGUUCGGACAAAGAAGGAGUUUGUAUGUUUCUUUCUUUCUUUUUUAAAAAAAAAAAGGGUUCACUGUUUUACUUCACACUAAAGGGAUUCGCUUCGGAGCCCCAGGUUUCCCCACCUACCUACCACCCCCGCUGCGCCUGUUUGCACUGGGGGUUUGUUUUUACACUGGGGGAGGUUAUAAGGCACCGGGGGGAGCAGUGCACGUCCAAAACCUGCGCUGCAGCAUCAAUAACACCUAUAGCACCGUGCAGCAGCAGCAGCAGCAAGCAGCAGCAAGCAUGCAGUGAGAGGAAAUCCUUUCAGAUGCUUUCCCACCUCAGACAGUGAAAGCAAAAAAACGGGGGUCGGAGGGGAGGAGGAUAUAUGGGAGAUUUGUUGGAUAUUCAUCACCCCGUCGUUGCAAAAACUUGUGUCCGGGAUGGGGAAAGAACAGGAGCUGCUGGAAGCCGCCCGGACCGGGAAUGUCGCCCUUGUGGAGAAAUUAUUGAGUGGGAAGAAGGGGAUACUGGGGUCAGGCUCCGGCUCCAUCCCUCUGCCCAACCUACUGAGCAUGUGGAAGGGCCUGAAUGUCAACUGCACAGACAGCACAGGAUACACGCCUUUACAUCAUGCUUCACUAAAUGGACACAGGGAAGUGGUACUAAAGCUGUUGCAGUUUGAGGCGUCCACAAACAUCGCUGACAGCAAGGGUUGCUUCCCACUGCACCUGGCCGCCUGGCGGGGAGAUGUGGACAUCGUCCGCAUCCUCAUGCACCACGGACCCUCACACUGCCGUGUCAACCAACAGAACCAUGAGAGGGAAACAGCGCUUCACUGUGCAGCCCAGUACGGACACACUGAAGUGGUUUCAGAGCUGCUUCAGGAGCUGACCGACCCCACCAUGAGAAACAGCCAACAGGAGACGCCUCUGGACCUGGCAGCGCUGUACGGACGGCUGCAGGUGGUGCGCAUGUUGGUGAGCGCUCACCCUAACCUCAUGACCAGCCACACUCGCAAACACACUCCGCUUCACCUGGCCGCACGCAACGGACACCACAGCACCGUCCAGACCCUGCUCGAGGCCGGCAUGGACGUCAACUGUGUGACCGAAAAUGGCAGUGCCCUCCAUGAGGCAGCUCUCUUUGGGAAGAUGGAUGUAGUUCGCCUUCUGCUUCACUCAGGGAUUGAAACCAAUCUGAGGGACAGUCAGGGGAGAACAGCUCUGGAGAUCCUGAGAGAACAUCCUGCGCCGAAAUCCCAGCAGAUCACUGCUCUUAUCCAAGAGUAUAUGAUGGACGAGAUUGAGAGGAGAAGCAUCGUGGAGGAGCCUGUUCGCAAGUGUCCCAUCCCUGCACCUCGAACUUCUGUUCCCUCGCCCUCUGCUUCCCCCUCCCUUAGACACAAGAACGAUGCUGUGACAAGUGAGCUGUCCAAACUGCUCCAUGAGAUCAAAAAGUGCAGAGACAGGGACUACUCCUUCGAGGAGCUCUGCCACACCAUCUCCUCCCACUCCAUGGACAGCUUUGGCAGCGGGCGGCUCUCUGAUGAGGAGCGCCCAGAUCGACCCAACGGCACUCUGACUCGAGUCAGCAAGCGGCCGACCCCUCCUCUCCCUCCGGCCCUGGAGGAGGACGAGGCAGAAAAGGGCUGUGGCCCCACUGGAUUCUGGGAGGCCUUGACACCCUGCAACGGCUGCCGCAAUCUGGGUUUUUCCAGCCUGUCACAGAAUUCAAAGCAUUCAGCAGAGAUUGUCACCUCACCAUCUCUGGAUGUUUUCCUACCAGAGGACGAGGACAACCCGUACGAGUCCGUGACCACAGCCGUCACACGCAAACCUUGCUCACUCGAUAUCAACCACCGGCUCAACGCCUGUCCACGCAAUGGUCACCUGUCCCAUGUAGCGGUGAGUGAGGGGGAGUACAGUAACCAUGGCAACUGCUCAACGGGCCCAACUCCAGACUGCUCUCCCCCAUCCCCCGACACGGCCCUGAAGAACAUUGAGAGAGUCAUCCGCCCACAGCCCAAACAGCGCACCUCUCUGUCUUCGUCCCUUGACGUCCAGAGGCCAGUUAACCACAGCUGUGAGCCCAGCGAAGUGAGCUCAUCCCUGGGCUACGCCAGCUUCAGCACCAGCCCCCCUGCCAGCCCUCCACUCAGCCCCAACCAGGAGGACUCUGCAGGCUCCAACGACGACUGUCCACUCACAGGUCCCCGCUGCCCGCUGCAGUCCGUGGGCCAGUGGCUCGACUCCAUCGGCCUGGUCCAGUACGAGAACCACCUGCUGGCCAAUGGAUUUGACAACGUCCAGUUUAUGGGCAGCAAUGUGGUGGAAGACCAGGACCUGCUGGAGAUUGGGAUCCUCAACUCGGCCCACAGACAACGCCUCCUGCAGGCCAUCCGGUUGCUGCCCAGGGUGCGACCCAUCGGUUACGAUGGCAACAACCCCACAUCGGUGGCAGAGUGGUUGGAGUCGUUGGAGCUCGGCGACUACACCAAGUCCUUCCUCAUCAACGGUUACACCUCCAUGGAGCUGGUCAAGAAGAUCUGGGAGAUUGAGCUCAUCAAUGUAUUGAAGAUCAGUCUCAUCGGACACAGAAAACGGAUCUUGGCCUCAUUGGGGGACCGGCUACACGAAGACACCCCACAAAAACCUCCGCGGGCAAUCUCCCUAAGGGAGCCCGGCGGAAACCACACUCCUCCCCAGCUCAGCCCGUCAGUGGGCCAGGCAGCGUACACCGCGGGGGUCCCGGGCGGAUCUCUGGACGUGCAGCACCUCAUCAUGCAGGCGGACGCCCGGCGCAGGCAGCGCAGCAAUGACAACUACUUUGAGGACGUGCCGCGAUCCAAGCUGGAACGACAGAUGGCCCAAGUCAGCAUGGCAGGCGAAUGGUGCGAGCCGAUCACGUUGCGUCCGCCCAACGAGGCCACCUCGUCCACUCCAGUGCAGUACUGGCAGCAUCACCCCGAGAAGCUCAUCUUUCAAUCCUGUGACUAUGAAGCCUAUUACCUGGGCUCCAUGCUGGUGAAGGAGCUGAGAGGGACGGAGUCCACACAAGACGCUUGUGCCAAAAUGAGGAAGUCGACAGAACAGAUGAAGAAGGUGCCGACUAUCGUACUCUCCGUGUCCUACAAAGGAGUGAAGUUCAUAGACGCCACAAAUAAGAACAUCAUAGCAGAACAUGAGAUUCGUAACAUCUCGUGUGCGGCUCAGGAUCCAGAGGAUCUGUCUACAUUUGCCUACAUCACCAAAGACCUCAAGUCCAGUCACCACUACUGCCAUGUCUUCACUGCUUUUGAUGUGAACUUGGCGUAUGAGAUCAUCCUGACACUCGGCCAGGCCUUCGAGGUGGCCUACCAGCUGGCCCUGCAGGCCAGGAAGAGCGGCCACGGAUCGUCCACACUGCCGGAGAGCUUUGACAGCAAGCCCAGCAAACCUGUCCCCAAACCUCGCGUCAACAUCCGCAAAUCUGUCAUCAUGCCCCCCUCCAGCCGCUGGUCACUGGGCCACAUUUACACCCCUCACCGGCCUCCUCUCCACCCUCCUCUUCCUCCCCCUCGACUCUUCCAUCUUCCUCACAAAGCUCAGUCACAGAUGGAGCAGCCAUCCAUGGACCAGAAGGGCCACGCCAACGUGCCGUGGAUUGUGGAGCCGGGUCAGGAGGCCAAGAGAGGAGUCAACACCAAGGCAAUGCCGGACGCUCAUGUCUAUUACUGUGGAAUGCAAAGAAUGUAGCCAGCCCUAAACACGGACCUUGUCACACAUACAAUGCAAAAUGGACUACAAAGGACCCUCUUGCUCACUUUUCAAAGGACUGCAAAUAUGGAUGCUACUCCACAGUGUUUAAGGUUGACUACAAAAUUUUGACAUCAUUCAUCCACAUGAUGCUUGACACAUUACACACACACACACACACACUAACAGGACUGCAUCUUGACAGACGAUGGUCUGCUCUGAAUGUACACUUAUAUUAAAGCAGCCUCAACUUUCUGCAACUACAGCAGGAUCUGUUUUAUGUGCCCAACUGGGAGGCAUGACCUGUGAACUUUUGGGCGGUCACAGGGUCUCCAUGGAGACUGUGAGUAUGGUUACAGGGCAGCUGUUGGUAACAGACAAUGGGCUCGCUAAAGGCACCACUGGGCAUGAGUCAAUGUUGGAAUGGGCAUGGGUUUGAGGACUUCUGGCUGGCUUUAUUUUUUGUUUUUUUAUUUUCUUUAAA